GAGAGGGGCGGGCCUGGCUCGGCCCGGCUGUCUGCCCGCCCGCCCGCCCGCGCGCGGCUCCUGGAGGCCCCGGGCCCGGCCGGGGCGGCGACGGCAGCGGUGGUGUCGGCAGCCUCAAUUCCAGGCCUCAGCGCGCCGCAGCCAUGGCUCUGGUGACCCUGCAGCGCUCGCCCACGCCCAGCGCCGCCUCCUCUUCAGCCAGCAACAGCGAGCUGGAGGCUGGCAGCGAUGAGGAGCGCAAGCUGAACCUCAGCCUAAGCGAGAGCUUUUUCAUGGUGAAAGGAGCAGCGCUCUUCUUGCAACAGGGAAACAGCGCCCAAGGCCCACGGAGUCUUCAGCACCCCCACAAGCAUGCAGCAGGUGACCUGCCGCAGCACCUGCAGGUAAUGAUCAACCUGCUGCGUUGUGAAGACAGAAUCAAGCUGGCCGUGCGCCUGGAGAGCGCCUGGACGGACCGUGUGAGGUACAUGGUGGUAGUGUACAGCAAUGGGCGGCAGGACACCGAGGAAAACAUCCUGCUGGGAGUGGACUUCUCCAGCAAGGAGAGCAAGAGUUGCACCAUCGGGAUGGUUCUGCGGCUGUGGAGUGACACGAAAAUCCACCUGGAUGGAGAUGGCGGCUUCAGUGUGAGCACAGCGGGAAGGAUGCACAUCUUCAAGCCCGUGUCUGUCCAGGCCAUGUGGUCAGCCCUGCAGGUGCUGCACAAGGCCUGCGAAGUGGCACGAAGGCACAACUACUUCCCGGGGGGCGUGGCCCUCAUCUGGGCCACCUACUACGAGAGCUGCAUUGGCUCCGAGCAGAGCUGCAUCAAUGAGUGGAACGCCAUGCAGGACCUCGAGUCCACCCGGCCCGACUCCCCAGCCCUGUUUGUGGACAAGCCAACCGAAGGAGAAAGGACCGAGCGCCUCAUCAAAGCCAAACUUCGAAGUAUCAUGAUGAGCCAGGAUCUAGAAAACGUGACCUCCAAAGAGAUCCGGAACGAAUUAGAGAAGCAGAUGAACUGUAACUUGAAAGAAUUCAAGGAAUUCAUCGACAAUGAGAUGCUGCUUAUCUUGGGACAGAUGGACAAGCCCUCACUCAUCUUCGACCAUCUUUAUCUCGGCUCUGAAUGGAAUGCAUCCAAUCUGGAGGAACUGCAGGGUUCAGGGGUUGACUACAUCUUAAACGUCACCAGAGAAAUAGAUAACUUUUUCCCUGGCCUGUUUGCCUACCAUAACAUCCGUGUCUACGACGAAGAGACCACGGACCUGCUAGCCCACUGGAAUGAGGCAUAUCACUUCAUAAACAAGGCCAAGAGAAACCACUCCAAGUGCCUGGUGCACUGCAAGAUGGGCGUCAGCCGCUCGGCAUCCACCGUCAUCGCCUACGCCAUGAAGGAGUUCGGCUGGCCUCUGGAGAAAGCGUACAACUACGUAAAGCAGAAGCGCAGCAUCGCGCGACCCAACGCUGGCUUCAUGAGGCAGUUGUCCGAGUACGAGGGCAUCCUGGACGCCAGCAAACAGCGACACAACAAGCUCUGGCGUCCUCAGACAGAAAGUAGCCUCCAGCCACCAGUGGACGACCCUGCUGCCCCCAGUGACUGCUUACCGGAGUCCCUGGAUGAUGAAACCCGGCUGCCCUGCUUGGACGAUGCCACCCAGCCUGGCUUCCCCAGCAGCAGGCUCCCUGGGGGUUCCCCACCCCCCUGCUGCUUCCGACGCCUCUCGGACCCCCUCCUGCACUCCCCAGAUGAGGAGGCAGACAGCCUGGUGCAGCUGGAGGAUCUGGAACGGGACACACUGCCAGAAGAGGCUCCUCAGCCCUCUGAGGCACACAGGCCAGACAGACCCCUCCCGGCAAGUCCUGGGCUCCCUGAGAAAGACGCGAAGAAGAGACUCGAAUUCGGGAGCCCCAAAGCCCGGAGUGGCCCCUGCCCGCAGGUGGACGAGAUGGACAGGGAGGAGGGCCCAAGAACUGGGAGGUGGGUGCGCUCCCCAACGCUGCUCAACCGAGAAAACCUAAACAACAACAACAGCAAGAGGAGCUGCCCGGAUGACUUUGAGCACGAUGCCAUAUUUGGGAUCCUUAACAAAGUGAAGCCACCCUAUAAGUCCUGUGCCAACUGCAUGUACCCCCCCACCAGUGGGGCUCCCGAGACCUUCAGGGAACCACGUGAAGAUCCACACACUGGUGCCAUUUGCACCCAGCCCGCCUUCCUGCCUCACGUCACCUCCUCCCCCAUGACCCACACAUCUGGCAGGUGCAAAGCUCUGGAGAAGCCAGCCUCUGGCCCAGCCUUCGAAACCCUCCCUGUCCCACCAGGAGCAGGCUCAAGAAGGCCAGACAGCAAUGGCACUGGGGCCACCUCAGAGUCGCCAGGGAGCCUUCUAGAACCUUCCAGAGAGACCUCAAAAGUCCUUCCAAAACUGUGCCUCCUCUUGAAGAAUUCGCACUGUGAUCAGAGCCCAUGUCCUGGCCCAGAAAGGACAAAGGAAGAGCCGGCGCCCAGGAAAGACCCAAAGGCAGCCAAGGACCUGCGGCUCCUGUUCAGCGGUGACGCCGAGAGGCCAGCAGCCAGCAGCUACCUGAUGCAGCACCAGGAGUCCAUCAUCCAGCUGCAGAAGGCCGGCCUGGUCCGCAAGCACACCAAAGAGCUCGAGAGGCUCAAGGGCUCACUGGCAGACACGGCGGCUUCCUGCAGGGAUAGCCCGGCCAGCAGGCUAGAAGCCAGUAUCCCCGAGGAGAGCCCUGAGAAGUUGGACACCGCCUCAGCCCAGGUUGCCGCUGAAGCAGCCUGGCCGAGGAGCCCCCCGGCCUUCCUGUACCGCCUGGAUCACACCAGUAGUUUCUCAAAGGACUUCCUGAAGACCAUCUGCUACACACCCACCUCAUCAUCCAUGAGCUCCAACCUGACCCGGAGCUCCAGCAGUGACAGCAUCCACAGCGUGCGCGGGAAGCCUGGGCUGGUGAAGCAGCGCACGCAGGAGAUCGAGACGCGGCUCCGGCUGGCCGGCCUCACCGUCUCAUCCCCGCUGAAGCGCUCACACUCCCUGGCCAAGCUCGGGAGCCUCAACUUCUCCACCGAAGACCUAUCCAGCGAGGCCGAUGUGUCUACCACCGCCGACUCUCAGGACACCAAGCUGAGUGAGUUUUCUUCCUCCUUAUACGAGCCUCAGGCCACACCAAGGAGCCCGGCCACCCCCUCCAGACCAUCAGGGAAACCUAUCCCCGAGAACACGCCAAGUCCCACCCAGGCAAGCAGGAGCUGACCCACCCUGUGUGGCCUGGGAACUUCGGGGCCCAUUACCUGCCCACCCUCCUGCCACCAGGGUCCUUCCCUCAGUUCUUCUAAGGGUGUAGGCCAACCCCCUGCACCUUCAUUUGUCUUAAACAACUGCAGUCAGCCUCCGUUUUCCACUCUUGUCAGAGGUGGGGGAGGGACGCCAGUCGUUAACACAUAGCACAAGAAGAGAGAGUGUACACGUGACUCCCGGAGUCUCCUUGUCGUGUGUCUUCAAGAAGAGCAUGCACAGAUAGGCACACACUUCCAGAACAUUACAUCAUAACGUGGCAAAAGCAGCAUUGCAGCAGUGGCGUCCCUGCGGCGCCUGUUCCUGGCUCAUCCCAGCCCUCGGGUUGAAACUCUGGGAUGGCGACCUGAGUCCUACCUCUGUUCUUGCUGUGCUUUUUUUGUCUGUUUUUUUUUUUUUGAUCUGUCAGGUGGGAACAUUCCUGGGAAUAAUGCUGAGUCCCAAAGGGUAUUUUCAGGAAAGAAUUUCUGUCUUCUGGAUAUGGGACCCCAGGAAUGUCAAGACUGAACCCUGUGCACCCAGCACUGCUGAGCAAAGUCCACAGACCACAUCACCCGUGCUGGAACCAGCCCCAUGCUGUGCAUGUUCUCUGUGUCCUGGUACCAGCGUGCUAGCCCAGGGAUGUGUGUAUGCCUGGCACUGAGUCAGUGGCAGGAAGUGGGUGGGAUCCACUCAGUGGGUGCUGGCGGUGACGUGCCCACAGCUGCCCCGUCUGAGAGGGAAGGCCCCGUAAGCCUGGGUGGGCCAUCUCUGCUGCUGAGGCGCUUGUUUUUAUCAGGAGGGGGGAUUGCUCCAAGUUAUCUG